GACACUAUUUGCACACAAUCACAUUGAUCAGGGUAUAUGUCAUGGCAUUAGUCACACUUAACGAUAAUACAGAUAACAAUACAAAUUAAUAACAAAUAAUAGACUUUUGAAUGACAAAUGAAAUGAUUUGAAAGCAAACAACUCAUGAAUAGUUUGCUCGAAGUGUUUGAUUGUGAUGUGAAUGUGCUUUGAAUACAACCCCUAAACUCAUAAACAAAACAUGAAUUGAUUUGAAAGUGAAGUCCAGUUGACGGCCAGUGAGUGACCGAUGCGUUGAUUAUGUCAUCAAUUGUUCACUCAUUUCAUGAGUGCAUCCAUAGUCUGAAUGAAUAGCCUUUUGUUUGGAUGUAAUGGUAGUAAAGAGUUGAUUGAAUUGAGGUUUUUGUGUCCGACGGAUGUGCCGAAAGUGAAGCAAUUAUGUAGCGAUUGGUUCCCAAUAGAAUAUCCCGACAGUUGGUACGAAGACAUCACAUCGAAUCCCAAGUUCUUUGCAUUGGCCGCUGUUUUCCACUUUGAAAUCAUUGGUCUAAUUGUGGCCGAAAUCAAGCCUCAGACCAAAUGCAACCGCGAAGACCAGGGAUUAUUGGCCUCCAGUUUAGUGAACAACUCGAGAGUAGUAUACAUAUUGACGUUGGGAGUGGUGAAGGAGUUCCGACGAGUUGGCAUCGCGACACUCCUCUUAGACAAUCUGAUCCAUCACUUGACCCGAAACGAGUCGACCAAAGACUGCAGAGCUCUGUAUUUACACGUCUUGACCACAAACUUAGUGGCCAUUCGUUUCUAUGAGAAGAGACAGUUUAAACGACACCUCUUUCUACCUCUUUAUUACUCCAUUAACAGCACCGCCAGAGACGGCUUCUCCUACGUGUUGUACAUCAACGGCGGUCGACCCCAACCCACACUACUAUAUCCUUUUCAUUGCAUGAAACACGUCUAUCACAUGAAUGAAUUGUUUGAAUUGCUGUUAUUUUCCUUAACCGAUAGGUUUACAGAUUAUUUGUCAAUCAUUUUGGAGGCAUUCAGUCGAAUAGGUGCUAAUCCGUGCAAAUGGACAAAACGGUUACUACAAGUGAUGGCCUCCAAAAUGUGUCGAUUCAUACCAAUGAGCGCAACCAAUAGAAACUCUUCACCGCAUUUGGCCAGUCUU